AUGUCACAGAUCGACAAGGUUCAUAUCUGGAAUGAACUAUGUGGUUUCACUUUACAUAAGACGUCGGUUUUCGUUCUGCAAAGUGCGGCGGAGUUCCGACACUGGGCCGCGAGGCGUCGCGAGCGAGCGAGAUUUGCUGAAGAGCUUUUGAGAAAUCAGUUAGUUGGAAGUAUAGAGGAUGCGAUUGACACACUGUUUGAUAAAGUUGCAGUUUUGGAUGAAAUAGAGAAGAACAAAAUCACGGAUGCACAGAUGGAAGAGUAUGCUAUUAAUCUGUGGAACUGGGCAGUAACUAAAAGACUGGAAUCUUCAAUUAAUGAUGAACAGAGAACAAAAUUGCGUCAUGUGGCCUGCAAGCUUGCCUAUUUGAGUGAUUGUGCUGAUCCCACUGCAGUAUCACUGCAAAGACAAAUACUGAUGUUCACAAAAACUGGGCGAAGCUGGCUGGACUGUAGGAAGCCACUGCUGGCAAAUGGAUUUCUGGACUUAGCUGUGACAAGUUUGGAAAUGUUAUAUGCGAAACUAAUAGCUGGAUCUGAUGGCAAAUCAGAUGUAAAUGUUCUUAAGAAUGAUGUGGAAAAGGACCUUUUCAAAGUGCAUUCCUAUCAGGCAGAAUCAGCUGUGAUUCAGUGUGAACAUAAGAAUGCAGUAACUUAUAUCCAGCGCUGUAAAGAUAUGCUGCUCAGAAUGCCUAAAGAGACAGGUUAUUUGUCCCUGCUGUGUUACAAUUUUGGAGUAGAAACUUAUCAGCAGAAAAAGUAUGAAGAAAGUGCUUUCUGGUUGAGUCAGAGCUAUGACAUUGGGAAAAUGGAUGAAAGAUAUUCAACAGGUUCUCCUGUGCAGGCCAAGGUUUUGCGUUUAUUGGCUAAUGUUUAUCUGGAGUGGGACAUCAAGCAACACCAGGAGAGAGCUCUUGAUGCGGUCAUUUUGGCAAAUGAAGAAAAUCCCCAUCCAGCUGGAUUGUUCUUAAAGAUAAAAAUCCUUUUAAGUUGUACCUUUCCUGAUGAAACUGUCUCUGCAGCUGUCAGAGAUCUCCUUGGAAAAGUUUCGCUUACUGUUUGUCUUGAAGCUGCAAAACUACUAAUGGAACAUGACCGAGAUAUGCUGUCCUUUGAAUUUUUGACAAUUCUGUCCAAGCAGUUUGAAACCCAUCAUGACAUUGGGGAGAUUUUGCUGGUGCAUUUUAUGCAACUUUUGCAGAAAGGCAAAGAGGUCCUUGCCAAGCAAAAAAUAGAAGACAUUAUUACAGGUCAUUACACAGGCAAAAGACUUUCACCAGAAAUUCUGACUCGGUUUCACAUUGUCCUCUGGGAAAGAGCUGCUAAGUAUUUUGAGGUGCAGAAUUAUACUGAGGCACUUCAGUGGUACAGUUAUUCAUUAAGUUUUUUCUCUGCUGGGCAAAUGGAUCUGAAUCUAGCUAGACUACAAAGAAACAGGGCAUCAUGCUAUUUGCAUCUGAAUCAGAAGGAAAAGGCAAAAGAGGCCAUAAAAGAAGCAGAACAAAUUGAUCCUGAUAAUAUCUUCACACAGUUCAGUAUCUACAAGAUUGCUAUUUUGGAAAAUGAUGUACAAAAAGCUGUGCAAGCGAUUAAAAUCAUAGGGAAUCUUGCAGAAAAGCCAGAAGGAUGCGAGGAUAAGAUGUUAACUGACAGAAUCCCAGUGACUGAUAUUUUGAGUCUUGCUGCACAAGUUGCUCUCGAGAAUGAGCAGGAUGCUGCUGCCAGAAAAGCAUUUGAAUAUCUAUGUGAAUAUUCCCAAGACAGUAUUCAGUUAUUCACAGCUCUCAGUGCCCUGUUAAAGGUUGUUACUGGUGGGGUGAAUACAGUUUUGAAUACUUCCCAGAAUAUUAUUUUGAGUUUCUUGCCCCUGAGACCUGAUUACAGUAUCUUGGAGAACAUUUUGCAGAACUUUAUUUGGAAUGGUGGAGAGGUUUCGGUGUGCCUCUUAUCUAAGAACUUUAUCGUUGAGUUUCCAGUCAAGGGUGAUGUUGAGUACACUGUCACCUUUAUUGAAUGUAAUAUUGGCCAGGCCGUGCUGCAUGCUGCUCAUAAGAAACUGAUUAUUCAGUUAGCGGAAGGGAAGCUGAGUGUUGAGCUGAAAAGUAGUGAAGCCAAUUGGUUUCGAAAAAUAGCAUGGAAUUCGGCUCUACAGUGUGAAGACUGCCCAGCUAGAAUGAGAGAAUUCUUCACUCUUUCUUACCAGUUUUCACAGAUGUUAUCAAUUGAUAAGACCAUUUUGGUUGGACAAAAGACUUGUUUACUAAUGGCGGCAGCGGCUAGUCUGGAGAUUGGUCGAAAAGCAACAAUUACUUCGGAGCAGAUUGGAAGUCUGACUCAAGCAAGGGAGGAUAUUAAAGUUUGUUGGGAGAUUUGGGCAACAUUAAAAUCCACAACUGCCGGAGACUUCUCAAAAGAUCCUACAGAGACCCUACUUCUACUUUAUGAAUUUGAAGCCAGGGCUAAAUUAAAUGAUCCCGAAUUAGAGCAUGUACUAGAGAGAGUCUUACAUCUACAGCAAUUAGAACCUAAGACACUGGAAACUCUGGCAGCUUUAUCCAUGGAACCUCCUGCUCAUUACCCAUCACUCUGUAAAAAGGCAUUGAAGAUUGCUUUAUCUCUUCAAAAGAAGCAACCUGGUAUGGAUGUAAUACGAUGCAGCAAGAUUCUACACAGUCUGAUCCAGAUCUCACUCCCGACACGAGUGACUGAAAUUGAACCUUGGAUUCUGGAGGAAGUCUGGUCUUUCUAUGAGGAAGCAUUAGUAAUUAUUGAGAGUUCGCAGGAGGAAUACCCAGAGACUGAGAUCCUGUGGCUGAUGACUCGAGCUUGGAACACUGGAGCUUGCUUACAUAGUUUUGCAAAAUAUUCUGAAGCAGAACAAUGGUGUGGCCUUGGAAUGCGUUUUCUGAAAUAUCUGGGUUCUCUCAGGACCAGCUAUGAAAGUCAGAUGAUGGGGCUCUACAGUGAAAUUUUGGAUAGGAUGGAUAGAGAAAAGAAGAUCCUCCCUAUUGAAGAGUAA